GCACUUCGCCUCAGCAUCAUCACCUGCAACGCUGCAGCCAGUGCUUGCGCUGAAGGACAGCUCUGGCAGGAGGCUCUGGCACUUCUCCAGCUUUGCCAGGCAGACUCCCUGGAAAGCAGCCUGGUCACUCACAAUGCCUGCAUCAGCGCGUGCCAGCGUGCGGCGCACUGGCCGGGAGCUGUGGCCUUGCUACGUGGCCUUGCCGUGCAUGGCUUGGAAGGCGACCUGCUGUCCUUCAGCGGCGCCUUGGCCGCCAGCAGUCGUCACUGGCCGACAGCGCUCUCGCUUCUCUCUGAUGCAUCCGCCACCAACCUCGAGGUUGAUGUCCUUGCCUAUGCCGCUGCCCUGAACGCCUUGGAGGCCUCCGCGCAAACAUUGCCUCUCCUAGCCAUGCUGUCGAGGUUGGAGAGCCGCGGGCUCUCUGGCAGCCGAUGGCUCGGAGGAAGCUCCCACUCGCGCUGA